AUGAGAGGUAACUUAGAGGCUUAUUUAGGCUCCGGAACGGUAGAGAAAAAAACAGCCCCUUUCAUCAAAAUAACUGGCACUGACCGAGCUUUAGGUGCUGCUAAGAGACUAUCACGGGUUAAGAUGUGGGUGGUGGACAGUGAAGGAGAAGUAGGUAAAUUUAUUCAAGAUCUAAUCACCAGUAAGACUGAGUUAAACGAAUGGUUGUUAGAACUAGUGUCUGGAGUUUACUUUGGAGGAUCGGUGACUCACUGA